UGAACAAGAAAAACUCGAUCCAAGACUUCAUAGCAUGCGCAAACUAUCUAAUCGACGAGGGCUAUGUCCAAAGACAGUAUCUUGCUGCAAUAGGGUACAGUGCAGGCUGUGUUCUUCCAGCUGCAGCCAUGAAUAUGCACCCGGGUCUCUUCCGAGCUGCAAUUUUGAAGGUUCCCUUUCUCGAUGUGCUGAACACGUUAAUGGACCCGAGCUUACCUCUAACGGUUCUUGACUACGAAGAAUUCGGAAACCCGCAAACGGAAACGGACUUCGAGUGCAUCCGCAGCUAUUCACCUUACGAAAACAUACGCGAAGGUGUUUGCUACCCAUCGAUGCUCGUUCAACCGUCGUUUCACGAUCAAAGGGUGGGAGCGUGGGAGGGCGGGAAAUGGGUGGGGAAGAUACGAGAGAGAGCGUGCGGAAGAUGCUCGAGAGCUGUGCUUCUGAGGACAAAUAUGAGAGGAGGCCAUUUCGGAGAAGGAGGUCGCUUCGCCCACUGCCACGAGACUGCCUUCGACUAUGCCUUCCUCAUCAAAGCUAUGGCCCUCACCCUCCAUUAGCCACUCCCUGUUUUUUUUUUUGCCAAAUUUUUUAAAAAUAAAUUUCUUUUUUUUUUUAAUCCUUAUUUUGUAAUAUUCUAGUUUAACAUAGACUCGUUUUCAAAUGAAACAGGAAAAUAUUGAUUUGAUUUGGAUCGUUUGUUUCACGAGUUAAACGAA